UCAACGCCAUACGCUGCAGAGUCGUAAGCACCUUACGCGUAUACCGCACCGGAUAGAAACUUGUUACUUCCCCUGCGAGAUCUCCUCAAAAACACAAACUUCACUUUUUCUUUCUGUUAUUUGGUGAGAGAGGAGCUUCCGUCUAUCUGAAUUCCCAACACAACGAAAACCCAACCACAAAAAAUCUCUCUGGUUUCAGAAAUUCAGAUCCAAAUUUUCAAUUUUAAUUAAAUAAAUCAAAACGUGGGAAAGCAAAAGAGGACAGUCAGACUCAGACAUCGCCAUUCAUUUCUUUUUGUUUUUCCAUUUCUCUGCAUUCCAAGUUCAUAUCCAAGGCUUUCCUUUCUUGACAAAACCCCCAAAUCAAUUCCCAGCAUUCUAAUUUCACGGAAAGAGUACAAUAAGAAUCAGUCGAAAUUUCUCCGAUGGCUUGUAACGGGUUGUCCAUUUGGUUCAAAAAGAAGAUCGUUGAUCCUCUCCUCGAAAUCCUCCGCAGGGGUGCAGAACCUAAGCUGUUGGCCUUCUCUGCAGCUCUUGGCAUUACCUUGGGGGUAUUCCCAAUAUGUGGGACAACUGUGAUUCUGUGUGGGAUGGCUAUUGCAUCGCUGGGGUCGCAUUGCCAUGCUCCAACUGUGAUGCUGACUAAUGUCCUUGCUACACCAAUAGAACUGAGUUUAAUUGUACCUUUCUUGCGCUUUGGUGAAAUUAUUUCUGGUGGAGCUCAUUUUCCUUUAACUUCUGAUGCUUUCAAGAAAGUUUUAACUGGCCAAGCUUCACGUGAGGUCUUGUUAAGUAUUGCGCAUGCGUUGUUAGGAUGGCUCGUUGCUGCUCCUUUAAUUUUUGCCGCACUGUACAUACUCUUUCUACCAUGUUUUAAGGUGUUGGUUCCCAAGUUCAGCACUGUUCCUUCAAGCCCAAAGAAAGCACUUUCACCCACAGAAGUCAGGCUUAAGCUUCUGGACAGAAGAAGUCCGUGAAAGUCUGAUGAUGAUCGAUUAAUAUAUAUUAUAUAUAUAUGACAGGAAAACUGAUGCAUGUCAUGUCUCUCUAUUGAACUGCAUCAUCGGAUGUAUUGCUGUGCAAGACACCUCAUUCAUCGAAUGGGUUAUUGAAAUAUGUGUAUUUUCGGUGUGAACACAAGCAACAAUUUCAAUUUGUUUCAGGAUUGAGCGAUUUGCAAUAUAAAUAAAUCGUCUGUUUUUUUUUCAAAUAAAAGUUUAGAUGAUCAAGGAACUGUUACUUCCAAAGGAUUAGGAUACUGCCUGUUUUCUACUCACAUCUUUUUUUUUAAUUUUUUUUGGGUGCCUUUGACAAGUUA